AACCGAGCCAUGUUUGAGCAUGAGCUCAUUUCUGCGUCUGUGUGUGAUGGUGUGGGAGGGACGCGUUUGGCUUUGCUCGCACCUGAUGCAUGCACACUGAACUCAAGUCACUCUCAGCAAAUCAACAGAUUCAAAUGAAUGAAUGGAAUCAGUCACACGGCACCCAGCUUCUAGCUGCAUAUAAUGUCAAACCAGUGCGUAAAUGCACUGCGCGCAACGAGCCUGUGCAUCAAUAUCUUUUUUGUCAGAUAUUUGGAUCAAAGUCUGUGAGACACCGCCGUCGCUGAAAGUCAUUCCCUCGCGUUGCGUGCUUGCCAGGUCGCUCAGGCUUGGGCAAUGUUGCCUAGUUUUCUGGUUGCAUGGAAACUAAAAGGCUGCUCUGAGUGAGCCCUGGAGUGCAGGGGCAUUUCCAGUGGCGCGUCGUGGUUUCCAGAGCGGCUUUCUCCGCAAGUUUAACGAGCUGCAGGAGGACUUACUGGAAGCGAAGCAAAAUAUUGAACGAACCGCUUGAUGGAAAGCGAACUGAUCUGGUGGGAGAUAUUAUUAUUGGACACUUGCCUAGAAACGCACGAUGGAAGGGAGAGGGAAAGCGGCAAAGACAGUAAGAGCCAUUACACUGCCAGAGGAGCUGGCUGCUUGGCAGUAAUGCUGUUUACUGUACUGCUCUCUAAGUAAAGUCAAAAAGAUAUUUGGGAAUGGAAAUCUACCGAGCACAGUGUUUUCCUGUACGGAGCCAGAAGAGCCCAUCCAGAAUUGCACUGAGGUUCAACAGUUACUGGGGAGGUUGAUGUGGAUUUUAGCCCUCAGCUGAGGUGGUCCUCCCUGGAGCAUGCCCGCAUCCCACAAUGUCCCUUCUUGCAGACUGGCUACUACGCCACUCGGUGGUCAUGUGUUUGCUGCUGCAUAGUUUGGUGCUAAUGACCUUCUGCUUCCAUCAUGCUGCCACCAGUUGCUCCAAGAACUGCUACUGCUCCGAGAGCGAGAGUGGCGGCAAGACGGUGCGCUGCAGCAACCUGCAGCUCACAGAGAUCCCGCAGGACAUCCCCAACGACACACGGCGUGUCUACCUUGACUUUAACCUCCUCACCACAGUUCCAACAAAUGCUUUUGCAGGUUUAACCAACUUGGUUGAACUAGACCUGUCACACAAUGAACUAAGCCAGUUAGAACCAGGUGCGUUUAGAGGCCUCGGCUCCUCGCUACAGUUCCUGGACCUUUCUUCCAACAAGUUAGCAAACUUGACCCCAGACGCCUUCGAGGGCCUGCGAGCUCGCGCCAACCUAACAAACAAUCCAUGGCACUGUAAUUGCAAUUUGCAGAUGGCCAUGCCUCAUGUGGACCUGGAGCCUGCAUCACUGACAGGCAUUGUGUGCCAGACUUCAGAUCCUGAGAAAAUAGGAGUUGAAGGACUUGCCUUUCUGUUGGCACCUGACAUAGACCUAUGCGUGGAGAUGAAGAGGACUACAGAUGUGGCCAUGCUGGUUGUCAUGUUUGGCUGGUUCACCAUGGUCAUCUCCUACCUUGUCUACUACGUAAGGGCUAAUCAGGAGGACGCACGUAGACACCUGGAAUAUCUCAAGUCACUGCCCAGCAGACAGGGCAAGUCAGAGGAAUCUUCCACCAUUAGUACUGUGGUAUAGGGCUGUUGGAGCUUUGCAUGGGAACUGAAAUGGUAUCUCACAACAAACAGGACUGAAGUAUUGCCCAGCCGUUGUCACAGAGCCAAGUUGGGCAGUAAAACAUGUGCCUGCAAGAAAACCACGCAACCAAGCCCAGAUGAAUAUUUCAUGUUUCAGCAGCCCAUUUGGAGUUUUCGUUGGCUGAGUUGAUGGUUUAGUCUCCGCGCUAAAGAAAUAAAAGCGGUGGCAUCUUUUUCUUGAAGUCCAAACAUGGGAUACAAAUAGAAUUUAUCCAGUGGUGCAUGCACCUUGAUGUAACUCUCUCACAAACAGACAAUUCAGGAGGAAGCAUCAAAGAGCAGUACAAAGAGUGGGACAAGGCGACGCUACAAAAUGAAACUCCAUGUACAGCUGUUUCCCAUUAAAGUCCUUACAGUAUU